AUGGCCACCCCUAGUGUCCUGGCCUUUGACGCUGAGGGUCGUGCCAUUGACUUUGCGGUCUGGGUCGACGAUCUACAGCUAUACUUGCAGUGCGAUUCAGUAGAUGACAUCUCUCUCUUUGACUUUGCCUCUGGCGCUGUCCCUGCCCCUCCUGCUGAUGCUGACCCCACUGUUCGCUCCAAGUGGGCCACCCGCGAUGCUGCUGCACGUCUUGCUGUGCGUCGCCACCUCCCUUCCUCCGAGCGUGCCCACUUUAGUCAGUGCAAGACCGCACAGGCCUUGUACGAUGCUGUAGUUGCGCGCUACUCCUCCCCUUCCACUGCUACACUGAGCCGUCUCAUGCUACCGUACCUCUUCCUUGACCUUGCUGCCUUUCCCACAGUCGCUGACCUCUUUACCCACCUUCGCGCUAGUGACACUCGCUACCGAGCUGCGCUUCCUGCUGCCUUCCUCGCCGAAAACCCCCCUCCCAUGUACAUCACCCUCUACUUUCUAGUCACCCGUCUCCCUGAGUCCCUUCGUGCUGUUAGGGACCAGUUUCUCUCUGUCUGUCCCACCACCCUCACUGUCGACCUCCUCGAGAAGUCCCUCCUAGCGGCCGAGAAGAGCAUAGUCGCUGUAGGGGCCUCUCGUGGUGACCCGCGCACCCCCAUCUUUGAGGGGUGUUCUCCUUCCCCCCUGUUACCCUCUGUCGCCUCUGCUGCUCCGGCCGACCUCGUUGGUUUAGAGUCGGUCGCGGGGGCGGUGGCGGAGGAGGUGGGGGCGGCGGGGGGAUUGGGGGUGGCGGUGGGGGUGGAGGCGGGAGUGGAGGUACUGGUGGCGGCAGUGGAGGCGGAGGUGGCGGCGGAGGUGGUGGCGGAGGUGGCAGUGGGAGCGGCGGGGGCGAGGGUGGCGGUGGCGGCGGUGGCGGCGGAGGCGGGGGUGGCGGUGGUGGAGGUGGUCGGAGUGGCUCGUCCCAGCGGAGCAGCACUGGGGGUGGUCAGCGCCAGCAGCAGCAAGCAGCAGCAGCAGCAGCGCUCUCGCGAAGUCCCCGCCCCUCAGCAGCUCCGUGAGUGGUACUUGCAGCGUCAGCGUGGUGGGGCGUUCGGUCCCUGCACCUACGUCCUUCGCACCGGCGACCGCGCGGGUGCUAGUGAGGCUGCUGCUCUAGGUGCCAGUGCGUCUGUGCUCUCAGGUACUAGUGAGUCUGCCCUCUCAGGUUCUGUGUCGGCUUCGGCCUCUCACACCUUCACCCUUGACUCUGGAGCGUCUCGCUCCUUCUUUCGGGACCGCACCACUCUCACGCCGCUUAGUCGGCGAGUUGCGGUGUCCUUGGCUGACCCCUCUGGGGGUCCUGUCCUGUCUCGUUUCUCCACAGUCCUCCCGUGUCCGGCGGCUCCCUCUGGCACCCUGACUGGUCUCUAUCUCCCCUCGUUCUCUACGAACCUGGUGAGUGGUGCUGACCUCCAGGAUGUGGGUGUCCUCCAGUUCACUCCUGCUCGUCAGCGGGUGAUACACUGCACAGAGGCUAGCACAGGUCGCCACCUGGCUACAUUUACACGUCAGCCAGGGUCGAGCCUGUACACACUGACCACUGCUUCUCCUCCCGGUGCUGAGUCUGGUAGAGUCCCUUCGUCGAGUCAGGUGUUUGCUGCAGCGUCCAGGUCUGGUCCUGAGUCUGCCCCCUGGCCCUGGCCCGUGCCUGUGUCCCCUGUGUCGAGGGGCGCCAGCGUGCUGCCCCUCACUCCUCCCAGUUUCCUCCGACAGAGGCUCCGUUGCAGACGCUUCACAUGGACGUGUGGGGCCCUGCCCGCGUCCGUGGACUCGGUCACGAGCGCUACUUCCUGCUUGGUGGUUGACGACUACUCGCGUUACACCACAGUCUUCCCCUUGCGCAGCAAGGGUGAUGUCACUGAGGUGCUGAUCGACUGGAUCCGCGCAGCUCGUCUCCAGCUCAGGCGGAGCUUUGGCUCGGACUUUCCUGUGUUGCGUCUGCACUCGGACAGAGGCGGAGAGUACGCGGCGCAUCAGAUCAACCUCUACCCCAGGGUCUCCAGGCCGGAGACCUCCCCAGCCCUGCUGUGGACGGGGAAGGUUGGCGAUGCGUCGGCGUUCCGGGUCUGGGAAUCUCGGGCGUUUGUCCGCGACUUGUCUGCGGACAAGCUGUCCCCUCGCGCUUCUCCCUGCGUCUUCCUGGGGUUCCCCCCCGACGCCCCUAGGUGGCAGUUCUACCACCCCACCUCUCGCCGUAUUCUGUCCUCCCAGGACGUCACGUUCGACGAGUCGGUACCCUACUACCGCCUCUUCCCCUACCGCACUCCGUCCCUCCCCCCGCCCUCGCUCUUCUUGGUACCAGGUCCCCCCCCGGUAGACCCCCUCCCCCCUCAGGGUCCUGCCCCUUCAGGUGUGUCCCAGGUAGACGCGGUCGAGCCUGUCGAGGUCACUGGUGACUCUGGUGCUGCUGCGGGUGCUGAGCCUGGGGGUGCUGAGCCUGGGGGUGUGCAGUCUGGGGGUGCUGAGCCUGGGGGUGCUGAGCUUGCGGGUACUGAGUCUGGGGGUGCUGAGCCUGGGGGUGCUGAGACUGGGGGUGCUGAGCCUGGGGGUGCUCCACCUGGAGGUUCUUUGCCUGAGCGUGCUGAGCGUGGAGGUUCUCCGCAUGGAGGUGCUUCGUCUCGCCGAGAGCCACUCUCCCCACAGGAGCUGCGUGAGUGGUUUGCCCGGCGCUGGAGGCGUGCUGCUGGUGCUGGAGGUUCUUUGGCUGCAGAGGGUGCUGCUGCCGCGCGUCCCGGAGGUGCUCGUGCUGUGGGUACUGGAGCUGCUGGGCCUGCGGGUUCUCCUGGAGCUGGUGCUGCUGAGGGAGUUGGCGCUGAGACUACCGCUGGCGGUCCGACUGGCAGUGCUCCUGGUGCUGCUGGGGGUUCUGGAGCUGCUAGAGGUGCUGCUGGAGGUGCCGCUGGAGCGGGUACUCCUGCUGGGGGUACAGGUGCUGUCCCUGCUGUUUCUGGCUCACAGUCACAGCUACAGCCUGCCUCCCCUUUGCCUGCUCCUUCUCCCUACGCUGGUCCUACUGGAGGUCUUACUGAGCGUCGUGAGCCUGCGUCUCGUCCUGCGUCGCCUGUUCAUACUGCACGCACUAGUGGUCGCAGUUCGCGUCAGCGUCCUCCUCCUGUCCCUGGCACGCACCGGAUGUCUCUGCGUCCGUCCACUGCUCCUCUGAGUGCCCCUUUGCCUUCUCCUCCUGCUUCCUCUCUUCCUGCUCUUGCCGACCCGGCGUCGGACUCUCUUCGUGCUGCCAGUCCUAUUGUCACGCGUCUCCUUGCUACUGCUGUCACUGACCCUUCUUUCGAGAAUUUUGCUGCUUCUGCCCUUGUCACUGAGCUCCUCGACUUUGCUGCGCGCUGUCGUCUAGACUACGCUGCUAGUCUUGUCGCUGAGUCUGAGUCUGCCUGUCCUCCGUCCGUCGGGGGUGAGUGUGCCCUUGGCACGGACGUCCUUGAGGACAGGCAGGAGGAGUUCCAGUGUCUGGCCGCCGCUUCACCUCAUCUCGCGUCUGUACUGCUCGCCCCUGAGGGAGACCCGGAUGCACUUGACAUCCCGACUCCGCGCUCUUACGCGGAGGCGAUAGAGGGUCCCUACUCCUCUCAGUGGCAGGCAGCUAUGGAUGCAGAGAUGGCUUCCUGGAAGUCCACAGGCACCUACGUUGACGCUGUUCCCCCUCCUGGGGCGAACAUAGUCAGUGGCAUGUGGAUCUUCAGGGUGAAGCGGCCGCCGGGUUCUGCGCCUGUCUUCAAGGCGCGUUACGUGGCUCGUGGCUUCAGUCAGCGGCAGGGAGUUGACUACUUUCAUACCUUCUCCCCCACCCCGAAGAUGACCACUCUUCGGGCGCCACGUGAGUGGCACAACACACUGAGGACUACGCUUGCGGCACUUGGGUUUGCUCCUUCUACUGCCGACCCGUCGCUGUUUCUGCGCACCGACACCUCUCUGCCGCCGUUCUACAUCCUCGUGUACGUCGACGACUUGGUCUUUGCCACAGCUGACACUGCUGGACUCGCCUACGUGAAGUCCGAGCUGCAGAAGAGACACACGUGCACUGACCUGGAGCACAUGGCUGCAGCGAAGAGGGUAUUGCGCUACUUGUGCAGUACGUCGGGCAUGGGGCUAGUGCUUGGAGGGCGCAGUCCAGUGGUCCUCACUGGGCACGCAGACGCUUCUUGGGCUGACGACCAGGCUACGCAGCGGUCGUCGUAG